UCAUACCCUCUCUUUCGCUCUGGUCUGUGUAGCGCACUGCAGUCUAGGGUUUCAAGAAUUUCUCUCCCCCAAAUCGACCAUUUCAAAUUCCCACCUCUGGCAUGAGGAGAUGGAAUGCACCCUUGUUCUCUAGGUCCGCCUCGCCACUGUUUCGCCAUUUGUUCUCGGGGGGACGUCUCUGCCGUUUGAUUUGAACUGCUGGUUGUUUCGUCUGUGUAUUUUUUUUUUCUUGUUUCGUUUUUGCGUCGAAGAUCCGCCAGUCGAGACUGAAUCAGGGUAAACGAUGCCGACACUUUCCGGGAAAGAACUGGAGGAUAAACUGGCGGCAGCUGGGAACAAUCUGCUUCAGCCUCCCUCUUCGGUCGACGAACUCCUGUCUCUUCUAGAUCAAAUUGAGGAUCUUUUGACGAAAGUGGAGCAGUCACCUGCCAAAUCCAUGCAAACUGCUCUUUCUCCACUGAUGAACGCACUGCUUGUGGAAAAGCUGCUGAAGCAUUCUGAUGCUGAUGUAAAAGUAGGCAUUGCCUCUUGCAUCAGUGAGAUAACCAGAAUAACUGCACCAGAAGCUCCAUAUGAUGAUGACACAAUGAAGGAUGUCUUUCGGUUGAUUGUGUCCUCCUUCGAGCAUUUGUCGGAUACAUCAAACAGAUCACAUGCGAAGAGGACUGCUAUCCUUGAAAUUGUAGCCAAAGUCCGAUCCUGUGUCAUCAUGCUGGAUUUAGAAUGCGACCAGCUGAUUAUUGAAAUGUUUCAACACUUCCUUAAAUCUAUCAGGGAUUAUCAUACUGAAGUUAUUUUUGGAUCCAUGGAGACAAUUAUGAGUCUUGUUUUAGAAGAAAGUGAAGAUAUCUCCCCAGAUCUGCUCAGUCCAAUUUUGUCUACUUUGAAAAAGAACAAUGAGGCUGUUUUGCCAAUUGCAAAGAAAUUGGCUGAAAGAGUUAUUCAGAAUACAGCAGACAAGAUUAGACCCUAUAUGGCACAAGCAGUGAAAUCUCUAGAUGCUUCGGUGGAUGACUUUAGUGAAGUUGUAUCUUCUCUUUUUGGAAAGAAUAGCGAUGUAGAUGGGCAUAGUAAUGACUGCAAUUCCAAAGACCAUGCGAAUGCUAAGGAUGUUGUUGGAGAGACCAAUUCUAAGGAUGAAGACCCAGAUGCAGUUAAAUCUCCAGAGUUAAUUUUAAGGGAUAGAAUCGAUGAGAUGAAUAUUGAAGAAAAGACUGAUGCAAAUUUGUUGAAGGCAGAUGAUUCUAACCAUCAUCUUGAUGCCAAAGCAACAACUGAUACUGAGGUUGCUGAUUGUGUUGCUGAAAAAUCUGUGGAGUCUGAAGAGAAGCGGGAUAAUGCAGAAGCUAAGCAGGAAGCAUGUAAGGAUGAAAGUCCUGGUGAAGAUGCGCAUAUAUCUGAUGCUGAGGCUAAACCAGUUGAAGAGCCCAAAUCUGUGGAUGAAGUAAAAGAAACUCAGCCCCAACCUGAGGCACCUAGGCAUGAGGCUGAAGAUGCAGCAUCGCCAAUCCAGAGCGACAAUAUCCCUGAUGAGAACGAAUCUAAAGAAGAUAGGUUAGAAAAGAAGGAGAAUCCUGUUAGUGGAGAGAAGGCAUCUAAGGAUAAUGCUUCUGAAAAAGCAUCUGAGGAAGAGCAUAUUUCUGUAUCAAAGAAGCGGAGGCGCCCUGGGAAGAAGCAAGCUGCCAAGACUGUUGACAAGGGCAAAACAUUGACUGAUAAAGGUACAUCUAACAAUAAUGAUGGUUGUACAAGUGAGUCAGUGGCAAAAUCACUGGAAGAGACAGAAAAGCUAGGGGAUGCUAGUAAUAAGAUGGAGGAUGGAUCUUCAUUGAGUAAGGAAGUUAGAAAAAAAGGUGGACGUGCGAAAUCUGCACCUGAAAAAGAUGUUCCCAAAUCUUCAGCAAAAGAAGAUCAUAGAAAAGAGACGCCAACUAGUUUAAAAGCAACAAAAGAUCAAGACAUCCAGGAAGAAACUCCAAGAGCGAGCGCCAAGAGAAAGCGAACACCAGGCACCGAAAAAGCAUCAGGGACUAUGGAAUAUGGACAGAACUUGGUAGGUUCAAGCGUUAAAGUUUACUGGCCUGAAGAUAAAAUGUAUUAUGAAGGCGUAGUUGCUUCUUAUAAUUCUGCGAAGAAGCAGCACAAGGUACUUUACGUUGAUGGUGAUGAAGAAAUACUUAAUCUGAAAAAAGAACGCUGGGAAAUUCUUGAAAAGGGCUCGACAUCUGAUGGGGAGCAAGAUGGUGGAAACUCAAAGCGUGAAGCCACUUCUGACAUAAAAUCAAAGAAGAAAGGAAAAGGCAAGACGGAACCAUUGAGCAAGCGUCAAAAGGUGGAUACUUCACCCAAAACAGCAAAAAGCAAACUAAAGGCUGCUGCAACAAAAUCUGGGGGAAAAUCAGCAAAGAACGAUGGCCAAGCAGAGUCAGAGUCCAAACCAAACAACUCAAAGCCGGGGAAAAAGUCUGGAGACGAUGCUGUUAAAUCUAAAGAAAUUUCUCAGAAGCCAAAGGGAAAAUCUCAAGGCGAUGCUCCUAAAACAUCUGGUGGAUCCAAAGGGGAUGAUGAUGAGAAAACUCCAGGUCAGUCGAAACAAGCCAGCCAAAAGUCCUCCAAAACCAAAGGUCGACCCCCAAAGGGUGGCAAAACACCCGGUGGUGGUAAAACAGCAAAAUCCAGUUCGUCUAAGGCGAAGGAAACCGAGCCAAAGGAAGAAUCACCAGAGCCAGAGAAAUCACCGGAACAGGUGAAAGGGAAAUCCACAGACAAUGCAAAAACCCGAGACGGCGAGACCAAGAGUGGGAAAAGGCGAAGAAAAUCGAAUAUAUGAUUCUGAGUAGAAAUGGAAAUGAGCUGAAGAAGAUGAAGUAUGUUGUAUGGCGACGUGUAUACUGUUUUAUGCGCGCAUAGUUUCUCUAGGGUUGGGUGUUGAGUUAGGUGAAGUAUGAUUUAACUCCUGACAUUUAAGAAUGCUGGGUUGCGAUUGUCUCGACGAAGACGAUGAUGAUUAGGUUUUCUAUUAGUUAGGUUGCUCUGCCUGCCUGUGUCUGUGGUUAUGUCUUGUUGAUUUUGCUGCUGCUUACAUACACUUUGUGGCGAAUUAUUUGAAAAAUAUGCCUGUGGCUGUUGAUGGGUU